AUGAAUGUUGUCAGCCCCAUUGGAACCAUUGUGCUUAUCUGCACCACCACAGCAACUGUUCAAGCCAUACCCAUUGGAGAUCAAGAUUCAAUGGCGGAUUUUCAAUGUUACCAAAGAAUUUCAGAAGAAAAACAGACUUUUGAUGAUGGAGACAUGGUUUUACCUUCCAGCCACACAGAAUGGUCUGAUGUUUAUGGUGAUGGGAAAAAUGGUUGUUGUGAUGGUUAUUGUUGUUUUGGUUGCGAAAUCAUACACAGCUGUCUAACAACAGCUGUAGAUAAGGAGGAGCAUGUACUUGAUGAGAUGAUGAAAGCAUGGCAUUUUGACGUGAUUCCUGAAUACCUGUUUUCAAAAUGA